AAAUCCAAAAAGUAAGGGUGUGUAUCAAAACAUGAUGGCGGAAGUAACGGAGACAGAUAAAGACGGAAGGCCACUACUGAGUAUUGUGAAUGUCAAAGCAGCUCUAUUAGAUUUAGUUUCAGCAGGGUACAAUACAACAAGAGGUACACUUCUUUCACUGGUUCAUAUCCUGGCAACACGACCUGACCUUCGAAAGUUACUACAGACAGAAGUUGACAAUGUCAUCGGAUCUAACAGAAAACCAACUCUGCGCGACAGAGAAAAUUGUCCGUUAAUAGAAUCAGUUCUGUUGGAAACUUUGCGAUACAUAUCGCACAUCCCAUUAUCAGUAUUUCAUUUUACUGCAGAUGAUUGUCAAAUAAAUGGUUACACUAUACAAAAAGGAACAACGAUAAUUCCAAACCUUUGGACUGCCCAUCGUAAUGAUAAAGAUUUUGAACAUCCAUAUACGUUUAUUCCUGAUCGAUUUCUGGAUAAAUCUGGUAACUUGGUUCCAGCAACAGACCCACUCCGGGAAAGUUUAAUGCCGUUUGGUGUUGGCAAAAGAUCUUGUAUUGGUGAGGUUUUUGACAUAUCAAGAAUGUUCCUCUUUCUUACAACUUUGAUGCAAACAGCUACAAUCGAAAAACCAGAUAGUGAAAAUCUUGCUGAGUUUGGUUUAGAUGGCCUGAAUCCUGGCCUAGUAAUGCAACCAAAACCCUAUAAGAUAAAAUUUGUAAUGCGACAGUGAUUUCAAAAGGAUAACACUACAGCUAAAUUGAAAUGAAUGAAAUCAUUAUAAGGAUGUACUAUUAUCGGCCAAUAUUUGGCAUGUUAACAAUAAAUAUGUAUCUGUAUACCCUGUUUACCAUAUAUUUUGCAAUAUAUUCGGGAUUUUUUUUUGUUCAGGGUAGUUUACCAUGAAGUCAUGGUCAAAUAAACUUGAAACUUAG